AUGUGGGAGGCCUUUAGCAAAAGCUAUCUGAAUAUCGAACAUGUAGGAGUGAUUUAUAUAACAUAUGUCGUUUUUUUGGCGUCCUGCUACAUCUUCAGGAAAUGUUUCUCCGAUAAGUUUAUUCAUUUUGUAAAUAUUUCCAAGGGACUGUUGGUUACUCUCAUAUCUUUAUUAAGUUUGAAAUACGUUGAUCUGAACAUCACGUUGGGGAUUAACUUGCUUCAUGUGUAUAACAUUUCGCAACUGUGUACCUUUUUAGAGUCCCUUUGCGCCAAUAAGAAAAAAACAAAUGAAAAACCAGCGACUGAGGAGAACAGAGUUGUCCACAAAUACGAAAUUAGCAAAGAAAAUGAAAACGAGUACAGAAAUGAAUACGAAUUGAUCGGAGAUACUUCGAAACACCUGGAACAGUUAGCAAAGAAAAUUUUAAAUAACGAAAAAAGUAUAAAAGAAAAUGAAGGGAUCUUAAAGGAAAAAGAAAUUAUAGACGAAAUUGAGAAAAAAGAAAGAGAAGAAGAAGAAUAUAUGAAAAAAAAAAAUACCCUUGAUUCGCAGAAAAAAAGAGACAGAUCAAAAUCAAAUAGUAUUUGGAUUUACUUUUUUUUCUCGCAAACAUUUUAUGUAUUCUUCUACUUUUUUUUCUGGAGGUAUAUUCACAACAUCAUGAUUAUAAAGGUGUAUUUGACUCUACAGCUGAGCAAAAGUCUGACUUCUUUAGCUAGCCAUUUUUAUCAUAACAAUACAAACAUAAAGUUAUUUAAACGAAUUAACCACUUCCUGAGCAUUACUUAUAUGAUAUGGCUGAGUCUAUUUUUUACAAAAUUACUGUACACCUCUAAUGAUAACUCAAAAUUACUUCAGAAUUUUUCAGUCCUUUCUAUCUUAUUCCACGUAUAUUACGCCUACAUGGUCUUCGUGAAUUAUAUUUAUACGUACCACAAGCAGUUCAGAUCCUCCCUAUUUUCUUUCAUUUUGUUUUUCCAUAUAUUUGGCGUGAUUGGCAUGAUCAAGUUGUAUUACCAUGAGUAUGGAAGGUCCUUGUUUGCUCAGUGCAUAAUAUUUUACUUAAUAAACGGGUUCGGCAUAACCUUCGGAGCACACCGUCUGUGGUCCCACCGAGCAUUUAAAGCGGGUACCUUCGUGCAGGUUCUCUUCCUAAUUCUGAACAGCUUUGCGAACCAAGGAAGCGUAAUAACGUGGUCCAAAAACCACCGCCUGCAUCAUAAGUACAGUGAUACCAAGUACGAUCCGCAUAACAUAAGAUAUGGAUUCUUCUAUAGCCAUGUUGGAUGGUUAUUAUAUCAGAAGACAAAAUAUGUGAAGGAGAAGGAGAAAGAAAUAUAUGUGGAUGAUUUAUUACAGAACCCACUUCUCCUAUGGCAACAUAAAUUGGAUCCAUAUUUUAACUUUUUUUUUUGUUUCAUUGUACCGGGAAUAUAUACCUAUUUUAUGUAUAACAGUUUCUGGGACGGAUUCUUCAUUUUGGGAGCGCUCAGAUGGAUCAUCACGUUACACGCCACAUGGUCGAUCAACAGUGCCUCGCAUUCAUUUGGACAUAGACCCUACAAUAAUGAUAUAAAAGCUUCAAACAACAUUUUCACCUCCAUUGUGGCGCUGGGAGAAGGAUGCCACAACUACCAUCAUGUUUUCCCCUACUGCUAUGCCAUGAACGAAAAUUUCUACAUUCUGAGCAUAAACCCAACUAAAUACGUCAUUCAGUUUUUUUACCACUUGGGAUUGGUAUGGGACUUGAAGUGUGCGCAGAAUAUCUGCAAGGAGGUACGCCUGAAGGAGGCGCAGAAAUUGGAGAAGAAAAACAAAUUAUUAAGCGAAAAUAUUAAAAAUGAAAUAAUGAAGAAGGAAGACACGAGCUACGUAACAGACCUCAUGAACUCGUUCACAGCACUUUGCAAUGACUACAUAAACAUCUCCACCUUUAGGUACAUCACGUAUUUAUUGAGAGAUUUUGCAAUAAUGAUGACCAUUUUGCUGAUUCACGUGUACUACUGCUAUAACAAAUAUGGAAAUGGAACUUUAUUUUCAAACAUGUCUAAAAAUUUUGAAGCAAUAGAGAGCAACAAGCUAAUUUCUGUUUGCUCAUUUGUAUUUUUUCACAUCAUAUUAUAUGCCCUCCCCAUGGGAACCAUGUUCGCAAGUCUGUAUUCCUUGGUUUACGAAUGCAAGAGAGGAUUACUUUUUAAAAACCCAUUUUUAAAUAACUUCUUUGGAAGUAUCAUUUCGUCCUUCAUACUUCUACCAUACACAUCGGAGAAUUCGAGAAAAUCGUUACUAAUAUCGUUGAACGAAGAUUUUUUAAAAGUGUUAAAAGGACCCAUUUAUUUCGAUUUGUAUUCAUUCAUAUUUACCAUAUUUCUGGGAUUGUACGGACUGGCCACCUACAUAUUUGGACACUUUUACUUUUUAAUAUUUUUCAUAGCACCCUAUGUAGUUUUUAACGCGUGGUUAUUAACUUACAUUUAUUUGUUGAAUAAUCCACCCUUUUUUACUGUGGACAUGAAUGCCAAGGACGUCGAUAUAAGUGUUUUAAAUUACGUGGCCUUCCAAUCCCUACUUGAGUGGAAAAAAAACAAUUCCAUUUAUCAGAGCAAAAAAAGAUUGUACAAAAUAGUUUUCUUCUUCUUAAAUUUUAUACACCAUCAUUUGUGCUACACACACAUUGUGGAGUUCAUCAAUUCGAAAAUUCCCAGUUACCGAACGAAGGAAAUUUACAAGCAGUUUGACAAAACGUUGGACCAGUACCACUCCCUGCGCAAUGACAAAUUUAUUGAAAUUUUGAAGCAAUUCUUAUGA